AUGGAGCUCAAAGCCCGACAAAUCGUUGACGACUACCGGGCGUAUUGGGAGGACUGCCGCGCGUAUAUGCAGUACCCGCCUCGGCUCUUCGUGAUCAUGAGAGGCCUCCCGGGCAGUGGCAAGACAACGUUUGCUCAAGAGGUCGCAUGUUAUGCAGCAAUGGUUGAUUUCCGCGCAUCGAUUUGCUCAGCUGACCACUUCUUCCAGCGCGGAGGAUCCUAUGUGUUCGACGCAAGUCGGCUUUGGGAGGCGCAUCGAAGCUGCUACGAACAAUGCAGAGAACUCCUGUGGCGCAGCCCCGACCGUGGCGUGGAUAUCGUUAUCGUCGACAACUGCAACCUUCGGAUGGAUGAUUUUGAGCGCUAUCAGGAUCUGCACAUUCCCUCGGACAAGCUUGCGGUUGCUGCGUUCGAAUGCCCCCCUGGCAUAGCGGAAGCAACACAGCUCUUCGAACGAGCUAAUCGUGUUGGCCACGCUAUCCCUGGUCGCACUUUCGUGGAGUACUUCUACAUCUGGAGACACAACGCACCGGAGGAGCCGCGCCCCGACAACGAGGUGGACACCGUCGAUGAGCUGCACAUCGAUAACGAGCUGACCACCGUCAAUAUGCCGCGCGCCUACAUCAUCACGCUGGAAGAGUUUAUGCGUGAUCGCUAA